AUGGUCACCAAACAUUACACUUCCAUUAACCAUGACAGUGCACCAGAUGAUUUCACAACACAGCAACAAGCAGUAUCAUUCCACCACAACACAACUGUGAAAUAUCAUACAGUAGUAACUCAGACAGAGAAUCAUAACAACCAAACAAUCAGCACAGCUAAAAAGACACCCACUCCGAAAGGUCCUCACACCUACAAUUCAUUUGUUGCCUAUUGUUAUUGUGUGAAUUAUAUAUUGGGAGUUGGAGUUUUGGGAAUUCCUUAUGCUUUUCAGAAAGGUGGUCUACUAAUGGGUCCUAUCUUUCUCUUAAUAGUUACAUUAUUGGCUGGUAUGGUUCUGGUUUGGAUUUUAGAAACAUUGUGUAGAUCUGUGCCAUUCUUUAAGGAAAAAGAAGAACAAAAGAAGGAUUACAAAAUGUUGUCUGCUUCCUCUUCAGUUUCAUUACCCACAGUUGAAUCGUCAGCUUCUGUAGAUUCUAAUAUUAAUGCUGUUGAAGAAGAGGAAACAUCUACUACUCCUCCUGAUGAUAAAAAAGAAACUAAACAAGUUGACACUACUUCAAUUGCAACAGAAGAAGGAACAAGGAUUGAAUUUCCAUUCCCAGAAAAGAAGUAUGAAAUGAAUGAAUUGUGUGCACUCCUUCUUGGUUGGCCAGGUAAAAUAAUCUAUGAAGGAGCUCUUGCAUUAUGUCUGUAUGGUAAUUUAUGGGCCUUGUCAACUAUAUUUGCAGAGUCAAUGUCAUCAAAUGUUCCACUUCCAGUUGGACCUAAUAAUUACAAUUGGUUUACUUGUAAUGUUUACACAGAUGGUUCAUCAAAUUGUGAUGCAUUGUACAAAAUUUAUAUUGGAGUUUUUGCUUUAUUUGUUAUUCCAAUGACUUGUUUGAAUUUAACAGAACAAAAGAUUGUUCAAAUAUUCUUGACAAUAUUUAGAUAUGUUGCUUUAACAUUGAUGGUUGUGACAACUUUGGUUUCCAUAUUUGUUGAUCCUUAUUCAAGAUAUGAACAUAAUCCACAUAUUGCAAUGGAAAGACAUGGACCAUAUACUUCACCAACUAGCUUAGUUUCUGUGUUGGGAUUUUCUACUCUAUUACCUGUUUGCAUUUAUGCUCAAAUUUUACAUCAUUCAGUUCCUGGUUUGUGUGAACCAGUGAGGAAUAAGAAACAUUUACCUAAAAUUUUCACAUCAACCUUCAUUACCACAUUCUUUAUUUAUUCAUUAUUGGGAAUUGUGCUUAGUAUUUAUUAUGGAGAUAACAUUCAACCUGCUUGUUCAUUGAAUUAUGUUUGGUACAGAGGUGGAAAACCAUUUGGAAUGAGACAACCAUGGUGGAGUCAUGUUAUUAUAUGGACAAUAGCGUUAUUCCCUGCUGUAGAUGUUAUUUCUGCAUUUCCAUUGAAUGGAAUUACUUUGGGAAAUAAUUUGUUUGCUGCCUUCUUCUCUGGAACCAAGUGGAUCAACAAUAGAAAGAUCCAAAUCUUGUUUAGAUUAAUUGUUGCCAUUCCACCAUUGAUCGGUGCCUUAUUUGUAAAGAAUCUUGACGCUAGUAAGUAG